AUGGGAAUCACGAACCUGCUGCCGUUCCUAAAACCGAUCGCCAAAAGAACACACAUAAGCAAGUACAAAAAUGAAGUGAUCGGCGUGGACAUCAUGUGCUGGAUCCACAGGGGUCUCAUCAGUUGCGCAUACGACGUAGUCACGGAGAACUACAACGACAGCUACUUAAGCUUCAUCGAAAAAAUGCUGGAAUGUAUUUAUCAAUACAACAUAAAGGUCAUCUUCGUCUUCGACGGAGAAGAGUUACCAGAAAAAAAAGCAGAAAAUGUAAUUAGGAAAGAUAGAAGAGAAAAGGCAAAGAAGGAAGCACAAGAAAUUAUAAAAUCGGUGGCAAACCCAAGAUCAAACGAGACGGUCCUGAAAAAAUGCAUACAAGCUUUAAGUGUUUCCAAAGACAUUAUAAACACCGUGAUCGACUUUUGUAAGAAAAAAAAUAUAGAUUAUAUUAUUUCCCCUUUUGAAGCGGACGCUCAGUUGUCCUACCUUUGCAGAAUGGGAUAUAUUUCUUGCGCCAUAAGUGAAGACAGUGACUUGCUAGUAUAUGGUUGCCCACGCGUCUUGUACAAACUCAAAAGCACUGGCGAGUGCGAUGAAAUAAGCUUGAUGCCCAUCGAUGAUCUGAUUGACGUAAACCUGAUUAACAAAAUUAGGAACCCACUCUCGGAUUCGUUUAACGAGUUUUACAUCACCCCAAUGAAGGAGGGUCCGAAGGAUGAAGAGGGGGGGCACUCAGGUGAGGAAGACCAUAACGUGUCAGAUCGGAAAGAGAAAAAUGUAUCAGAUUGGAAAGAGAAAAAUGUAUCAGAUUGGAAAGAGAAAAAUGUAUCAGAUUGGAAAGAGAAAAACCUAUCAGAUGGGAGACAGAAGAACAUAUUCGGUUGGGAACAGAGUAAUGUGUCCGAUUCGCCCGAGCACCCCCCUACUCGCUCGCAACGACGGACGCGCCACCGUGCCGAGGCAAACCGGAACCCUCAGAAGAAAAAAAAAAGCUACCACAAUGUGAUGAAGGAGUAUCUAAACGACUUCUACUGGCCAGAAGAAUUAGACAACCUAAAGCAUUUCAGCAUAGACAUGUUCCUGGCGAUGUGUAUCCUAAGUGGCUGUGAUUACACAAACGAUUUUCACAUCACGGGAAUGGGAAUCAAAACUGCCUUCAGUUUAAUCAGCCAGUAUAAAACUAUCGAGAACAUUUUCUCAUUCCUCAUUUCGCAUGACAGAUGGAAGCGUAAAAUACCGCCCAGUUUAAACACCCUAGAAAAGCUCCUGGAUAAAUAUGAAGAGAUUAAAAAUGCCUUCUUAUAUCACCAAGUGUAUGAUUUUAUUCUGUGCCAGAACAUCCCGAUCAAGCAGUCCUUCAAUAGUGCACUAAAGAAAAUUGAAAAUAAACUCCUCAUCAAUAAAAUACGUGACUUUUCCCUCAUAUAUGAUAACAGCAAGAGGAGGGGAAACUGCCUCAACGAAUACUCAGAAGAACUCUCCAGUGGUGCCAGCGGCGGGAGCAGUAGCUUAGUUCCUGAUGGGAGCAACAGUUCGGAGAGAAUCACCCAAAGGAGUACAAGAGAUGAAGAAAAUGUAGAUACAGAAAGACAACACCACCCCAAGGACAUGCUCAGAGGAAAUGUUUCUCCAGAAGCACCCAGCAAGAGAUCCCCAGUUCCAUCAAAAGAAACUGCCAUAAAGGAAGAUCCCUACUUAGACAAAACGGACAAUUUCGAAAACAUUUUUAAAAAUUUACCAUCCGAGUGUUUAGAAUAUUUGGAGUUAUCCCCCGACCUGUUCAAGAAACCUCACGAGGGGCAGAAUGAUCUGAAGGAGCAGGAGGGAGCACGCCACGAGGGGAAGAAUGAUCUGAAGGAGCAGGAAGGAGCACGCGACGAGGCGGCGGGGGGACACCCUCUCGAGUGCAGGGACUAUGUACAGAGCGCUCAAGAGGAGGGUUUCCAUAGGUCAAGCGAUUGGACAAGUGCCUGGCAGAGCCAUAGGGAGAACUACGUGGAAUGCCACCCCGGAGAGUACCCCUCAAACGCAACAGCCAAACAGGAACCGCCCAAAGGAGAGGCGCACACCAGCUCGCCCAUGCACCCAAGUGGAACCACUCAGAUGACCAAUCUGUGGCCCCCCAUGAAAUGCACAAAAUUGACCCCAUUUGGUGAUUCCCCACAGGGUAACGACUGUGCGCACGGAAGGGAGCUCACGAAGGCUGAGGAUGAGGUCUUAAUACUCAGAGAUCCAAGCGAUUCAGGAAAUACAAUCGAGCCAAGCGAGCCCCCUGUGUACGACUCCCGAAAUAAUCUACCUAGAGGAAAGGAAAAAACAAAAUUGACCAAGCGGAAGGGGAACCACACCGACUCGGAUAACUUUAAGAAAACGAAAAGGAGUGCCGCAGAACCCCCGCACACAGGUGACCUAACGUGGAGAAACCUGUUUGACGAAAAGGAACACGAUUUCAGUAAACGCUCCGGCCAAAAUCAUCAUGGCGAGAUCCUAGAAAACGGAAGGUGCAUAUCGCAGUCAGGUGACAACUGCCAAGGGGGGGCUCGCCUCAAAGGAGGCUCCACCCACGGGAUGGGCACAAUCAGUCAGCAGGAUGCAACAAAGGGGAAGCCGAAGAAGCAGCAGAAAGAAGACGAAGGAGAAGUUAUCAAUCCAACUGGAGGAACGAACAGACACAAAAGCGCAAGAGCUAUGUACCAAAAUAUGAAAAGGAGCUUCCUUCUAUUCAAAACGUUAGACGGCGAGACAAGCAACCAAAUGGGAUCUUUAACCACAGAAUUGAGACGUAACUCCACAGAAGAGAGGGUGGAAUGUCCACACGUGAUGGAGAUUCAAGGGGGGUGUAAUGCCCAGCGGCCUGAUGAAGACGGGGCGAAUUCCGUGGAAACCAACAUUUGGGACCGGAAAGACAAAAUGAGAAGCGACGCGCAGGGGAAACCAAUCAGCAAACCGACCCCGGAACAACCCAGCGGCCUGAAAAACGAAAUAAACAAAAAGAACUUCAAAUCGGAAAGGAGCAACAACUCCUCACGCGCUUCCUCCCCACGCAAAAGUAAAUCUUCCGCGGAGAACGAAAAUCGCAAAAGCCAAUUGAGGAUAACCAACUUUUUCAAAAAGUCGGAACAAAAAAUCCCCAACUUGGACGACAACAAUGGGGGUAAUAGUAACUCCUGUCCGUUCAGGCCACCCACAAAUGGUUCGCCCAAUACCAAUGGAAACUACUCUCCUUCAAUGAAAAACUCCGAACCAUCGAAUAAAGAACAGCGCCGGACGAACUCCCCAAACGAAUUAGACAUAUAUAAAAGACGAAUGGAUGAGAGAAUAGCCAGGUAUAAGCAAAGGUUCUCUCUACAGAGCAACAUAGAACAGGAAGAGAGGGAGCUUCCAUACGUGGGCGAAGAAAUCCAUGACCAAAACCCCCACGAAAAAGACCCCCACGAAAAGGACCCCCACGAAACAGGUCCUCGCGAAACAAACCCCCAUGACGAAUAUCUGUUCCUGAAAAAUCUCCACAACUCCGGAUUCAUAAAAGAUUCGAACAGAAAGAAGUCCCCAAAAUGGGUCGUCAAGGAUAGUCACACCUGGGCCAAUCGUCUGAGCACAGGAGAUAGCGGCGAUGAGGGCGAAGUUCGCCGGUGUCAUCAUCAGAAUGAUCACCCAAAAGGUCACCACAGUGAUCAACAUAAUGAUCGCCUGAACGAUCAGUCUAUGGAUCACCCUAACGCUCACCAUGAUCAGCCCUUCCUCGGAGAGACUCCCAACGCCGAUCGCCCAGUCGAGAAAAAGGAAAAGCAAAAAGAAAUUGACGUCCAGUAUAUCCUACAGAACCUGAACUACAACUACCACCCGCGCAGCCACAAAGUCAACACCUUUGACUACUUCAAGGAGAAGGAAAACGUGCCCCCCCCCAACCCCUACGUGGACAACAAUUUGUGA